CAAAAUAUUAACCAAGAUUUUCAUUCAGCAAAGCAUUAAAGGACAAGGACAAAGGUGAUGAAAAAGCAUUCUUUUCAAAAGAAGAUUAAAAAUUGAUGUCUAAAUUACUUAAGAAAAUGAAAGAGGCUAAUGAGCACCCAUAAGCAGCAGGAAGUAAUAGUGCAGAGGACAAGGAGGAAUUAUAAAAAAUAUUUAAUAGAUAUAAAGUCAAUUAUACAGAUGCAUUCAUUGAAGAGGUCCUGAAUUGGAAGAAAUCAGAUUGAAAUAAAUACAUAAUAACAUUAUUACAAGAAUAAGCAUAA